UAAAAUAUGUAUUAAAAGUUUUAUUAAUGAAAUAGUAAUAAAAAGUUAUUCAACUCAUAUUGUAUUGUGACUUGUAAUACAAAUUUACUUUUGGUUUAAUUGGAAACAGCAAACUGAGUCAUAUCAAUUGUAAAUAAGGAUAUAAGUUGUAAACUGACUUGGCAAUAGUUUUUUCAAGAUAUAAAAACAUAUAAAAACUUAAGCAACAUAUCAGGAUUCAUUUAUCCAAAAGCAAUGAUGGAAAUGAAACCCAAAAGUAUAAAUUCAGAUGCAAAGAAUGCGAAGUGAUGUAUGCAACAGAGGAGGAACUUAAUAAGCAUAUUGACAUGGAAGUUCAUGCAGCAACUGGACGAACAGAUUGUGUGCUCGAUUCAAUUGAAACUUUAAAUUCUCAUAUACUUGAGAUUGACAAAGAUGAGUCUGAGACCUUCGACAAAGAAAAACUGACUCCAAAAUUAGGACCAAAUUGUUCCAUCGUCUCGAUAAAAAAGAUUUACAGAAUUGAUGAUUUCAACGAAAAUUCAUUUGAAAAUAUUACAAUUAAUAAUAAUGUUACGCUACCAGAGAAACUUAAAGAACAAAUAUCAACGGAAACAGACGUUAUUCCACAACCUCAUGUUGAGUAUGAUAAUGAAGUAAUUAAAAAUGAGAGUAUUAUACAGAAGCUGAACGAUAUUGCUUCAGAAACUCUAGCUGGUGUUGAAGAAAACUUUAUAAAUGAAAAAGCAACAGAGAGUUUGUUAUUAGAAAACCUAGACUGUUCUGUAAUAACGAUAGAAAAUGAGACAACAAAAUUGGAACCGGGAACUAUUGUUUUUAAAACUCAAACUCGUAGCAUUAUUCUACCGGGAUUUGUAAACACUGAAACUUAUGAAGAUUGUACAGAAAAUGUAUUAUUAGAAAAUAAUACGAUAGAAGAUGAAUUCAUAAAAAUGGAACCGGAAACUGCUCUCACUGAAACACUCAGUGGUACAAUUACAGACAAUGGAACCUCGUUCGAAAGUGGCAGUGAAGUACAAAAUUUAAACAAAAAUAAUGCAACUGAAACAACCACAGAAAAUCCCUUUAACGAAAACGAAUUAUCAAUUUCGAAUAUUCAUAAAAGUAUGACAGAAAGGCGAUUUUUUGCUUGUGACUUUUGUAAGAAGAAGUUUCGGUUUUACAGCAGAUUAAGAAAUCAUCGUCGUUCUCAUACUGAUGAGAAACCUUAUGAAUGUACCGAAUGCAAUCAAAGAUUUUCUGCAAAGAGCACACUUAAGUGUCAUAUGACUCGACAUACUGGUGAAAAAUUCUUUAAGUGUACAGAAUGUGAUCAAAGUUUUUCUACUAAACGUGCUCUAAAUUAUCAUUUGAAGCGACAUAAAGGUGAAAAAUCCUUCUUAUGCACUGAAUGUAGUAAAAGUUAUGCUUUUAAGCAUUCCCUUAACAUUCAUAUGAGGCUACAUACUGGUGAAAAACCGUACUCAUGCACAGAAUGUAAUCAAAGUUUUACUGCUAAGCAAUCACUUCAUCUUCAUGUGAGGCGACAUACUGGUGAAAAACCUUACUCAUGCACAGAAUGUAAUCAAAGUUUUGCUGUUAGGCAUGCACUCAACUGUCACAUGCGGCGACAUAAUGGCGAAAAGCCGUAUUCUUGUACAGAAUGUAAUAAAAGUUUUUCUGUUAAGCAUGCACUCAAUCGUCAUAUGAAUCGUCAUACUGGUGAUAAACCCUAUCCAUGCACUGAAUGUAAUCAAAAUUUCAAUGAUUUGCGUUCACUCAAUGACCACAUGGCCCUACACACCGGAGAAAAACCCUAUUCAUGCACUAAAUGCAAUAAAAGUUAUUCUAUUAAAAGUUCACUCUAUUGUCAUAUGAAGAGACAUGCUACUGAAAAACCAUAUGUUUGUAAAGAUUGUGGAAAACGUUUUAAACGAGGUCGUAAUCUACAUCGCCACAAGAGCAUUCAUCUACCUGCAUUUACCUGUAAUCAGUAUCAAAAAAGGUUCACAUCCAACAAGGGACUUAAGCAACAUAUUAGGAUUCAUUCAUCCAAAAGCAAUGAUGAAAAUGAAACCCAAAAGUAUAAAUUCAGUUGCAAAGAAUGCGAAGUGAUGUAUACAACAGAGGAGGAACUUAAUAAGCAUUAUGACAUGAAAGUUCAUGUAGCAACUGGACGAACAGAUUGUGUGCUCGAUUCAGUUGAAACUUUAAAUUCUCAUAUACUUGAGAUUGACAAAGAUGAGUCUGAGACCUUCGACAAAGGAAAGCUUACUCCAAAAUUAGGAACAAAUCGUUCCAUCUUCUCGAUAAAAAAGAUUUACAGAAUUGAUGAUUUCAACGAAAAUUCAACUGAAAAUAUUACAAUUAAUAAUAAUAUUACGCUACCAGAGAAACUUAAAGAACAAAUAUCAACGGAAACAGACGUUAUUCCACAACCUCAUGUUGAGUAUGAUAAUGAAGUAAUUAAAAAUGAGAGUAUUAUACAGAAGCUGAACGAUAUUGCUUCAGAAACUCUAGCUGGUGUUGAACAAAACUUUAUAAAUGAAAAAGCAACAGAGAGUUUGUUAUUAGAAAAUCUAGACUGUUCUGUAAUAAUGAUAGAAAAUGAGACAACAAAAUUGGAACCAGGAACUAUAGUUUUCGAAAAUCAAACUAGUGGCAUUAUUCUACCGGGCUUUGUAAACACUGAAACUUAUGAAGCUUGUACAGAAAAUAACACGAUAGAAGAUGAAUUCAUAAAAAUGGAACCGGAAACUGCUCUCACUGAAACACUCAGUGGUACAAUUACAGACAAUGGAACCUCGUUCGAAAGUGGCAGUGAAGUACAAAAUUUAAGAAAAAAUAAUGCAACUGAAACAACCACAGAAAAUUCCUUUAACGAAAAGGAAUUAUCAAUUUCGAAUAUUCAUAAAGGUAUAACCACAGAAAAGCGAUAUUUUGCUUGUGACUUUUGUAAGAAGAAGUUUCGGUUUUGCAGCACAUUAAGAAAUCAUCGUCGUUCUCAUACUGAUGAGAAACCUUAUAAAUGUACCGAAUGCAAUCAAAGAUUUUCUAGAAAGAGCACACUUAAGUGUCAUAUGAAGCGACAUACUGGUGAAAAGCUUUUCUCAUGCAUUGAGUGUAAUAAAAGUUUUGCUUUGAAGCAGUCUCUUAAUCGUCACAUAAGACAACAUACUGGUGAAAAACCUUAUCAGUGCACUGAAUGUAAUAAAAGUUUUGGUUAUAAGCAUGGACUUAACAUUCAUAUGAUGCAACAUACUGGUGAAAAACCCUAUCCAUGCACUGAAUGCCAACGGAGUUUUGCUCGUAAGCAUGUGCUUAAUAUUCAUAUGAGACAACAUACUGGUGAAAAACCCUAUUCAUGCACUGAAUGCCAACAGAGUUUUGUUCGUAAGCAAGGGCUAAAAAUUCAUAUGAGACGACAUACUGGUGAAAAACUCCUGAAAUUAAAAGAAAUGAGUCACGUUUUAAAAACAAUUUCCAUUAGAGGCGAGGAAGGCCCUAUAGUUGAUUUUACACUAACUGAUAGUGUAGUAAAAUCGGAAACAACUACUGAAUUUAAUAUGGUAGAUUUAAGCAAUGAUACUUCAGAAGAAGAUUGUACUCAAGAACAGAAAUGCGGUAAUUGUUAUAAGUCGUUUAGACGAUUUAGCGAGCUUGAAAAACAUUUAAACUUGUGUCACUUGAAUACUGGGUUCCACCUACCAAAUAUAGAAAUGAUGACAAAUAUUGAGAAAAUCGAAGAGGAUGCAGUUAAUAUGGAGCGGGACAAUAUAUGCUUUUGCUGUGGCGAAAGUUAUGAUACAUUUCAUUUGGGUCCAAUAAAAUGUUCUGGUUGUACAAAAUCUUUUAAAACUUCAAUUAGCUACGAGCGACAUAUUUUCAUAACUCAUUCGGAAUCUGACGCAUUUCCUUGCACUACAUGUAAUGCAAAAUUACGAACAGUUAACCUUUUGAAGUUGCAUGAAAAACAACAUGAGAGAUAUGGAGAAAAUCGCGUUGUUUGUGAUUUUUGUGAGAAGAAAUUUCCAUCAUUAAGUGCAUUAAAAGAUCAUCGUCGUUCUCAUACUGGUGAAAAACCUUACUCAUGUACUGAAUGUAAUCGAAGCUUUUCUGUUAAGGAGUCACUCAAUCGUCAUAUGAGGCGACAUACUGGUGAAAAACCUUUUACAUGCACUGAAUGUAAUCAAAGCUUUUCUCAUAUGAAUACACUUAAAUGUCAUAUGACGCGGCAUACUGGUACAAAAUUAUUUGCGUGUACUGAAUGUAAUAAAAGUUUUGCAGUUAAGCAUGCUCUCAAGUAUCAUAUGAGGCGACAUACUGGUGAAAAACCUUAUCUAUGCAAUCAAUGUAAUCAAACUUUUGCUCUAAAACAUGCACUUACUCGUCAUAUGAAAACACAUACUGGCGAAAGGCCCUACAAGUGUAAUGAAUGUAAUCAGAGUUUCACUGCUAAACGUUCACUCCAUGAUCACAUGACGCGUCAUACCGGUGAAAAACCACACAAAUGCACUGAAUGUAACAAAAGCUUUUCUAUUAAGAGUUCACUCUAUCAUCAUAUGAAGAGACAUGCUGCUGAAAAACCACACGUUUGCAAAGAUUGUGGAAAACGUUUCAUACGUGCCCUUAAUCUAGACUAUCAUAGCAAAACUCAUGCACGUCCAUUCGCUUGCGAUCAAUGUAAAGAAAAAUUCAAAACCAAUAAGGAACUUAAGAAACAUAUCAGAAUUCAUUCAUCUAAAAGCAAGGAUAAAAAUGAAUCCCAAGAGCAUAAAUUUAAAUGCAAAGAAUGUAAAACGAUGUAUGCGACAAAGGAAGAACUCAAAACUCAUUAUAAUAUGGAAGUACAUAAAACCAAACACAAUACGAAGAAACAAAAAGGCUCUGUGACUCGUCAUAAAGAAUUCACAUCAAUUAAAAAAGAUUCUGAGACUAAUCGAAGUACUAAAAAUUCACCAAAAUUAGAACUAAAUAAUUCUGUGUCUUCGCUAACAAAGAUUUACAGACUUGAUGAUUUAAACGAACUUCCAAUUAAAAAUGUUUCAACUAAUAAUAAUAUAAUGUCACCAACAAAAUAUUCAUCAAUGGAAGAUAAGGUUAUUUCACAUUUUUCGAAAGAUGAAGAAAUGCCAAGAAAUGUUCUAACGAUAGAAAACAAAAGUAUUGAAACGGAACCAACAGUUAUUAUUCCUCACAAUCUAGUUGGUGCGAUAACAAAAAAUGAAAUUUUGUUUGAAAAUGACACUCCUAAACAAGAAUUUAUAGAAGAAGCAGUAAAUGAAAGAAGUACUGUGGUUAGGGAGUAUUCUACAAUAAUAAUAGACAACGAGACUACAAAAAUAGAGCUAAGGGCUACUAUUCCUGAUACUCUAAUUGAUCCAGUUAUAAAUGAUUGUGCUAUAUUCGACGAUGGUGUUGAUGAGAAAGAAUAUAAAAAAAAUGAAUUAUCUGAAGGUAGUACAGAAAAUUUAUUUUUAGGAAUCGAACAGUACUCUGUUAUAACGAUAGAAAAUGAAACUAUUAAAAAGGAGCCAGAAAUUAGUAUUCUUGAAACAGAGACUAGUACAGUUAUAAAUGAUGGACCUACAAUCGAAGGUGAUAGUGAUCCACAAAAGUUAAUAGCAAAUAACUUAACUGAAACAACCACACAGAAUUUAUUGAUCAACAAUGAAUUACCGGCUUUGAAAGUUCCUAAAAAUAUGCAGAAAGAAAAACAACUUAUUGCUUGUGAUUUUUGUGAAAAGAAAUUUCCGAAUAUGAGCUCGCUGAAAAAUCAUCGUGUUUCUCAUACUGGUGAGAAACCUUACACGUGUACUGAAUGCAAUAAAAAAUUUGCUGUUAAGCAUGCUCUUAAGUAUCAUAUGAUGCUACAUACUGGUGAAAAACCCUACACAUGUACUGAAUGCAAUAAAAGUUUUGCUAUAAAGCAUGCUCUCAAGUUUCAUAUGAGGCGACAUACUGGUGAAAAACCCCACGUAUGCACAGAAUGUAACAGAAGCUUUACUGUUAAGCAUGCACUCAAACGUCAUAUGAAGAUACACACUGGCGUAGGGUUGUACGAAUGCACUGAAAAUAAUCAAAGUUUAACUGCUGAGCAUUCACUCUACAAUCACAAGGCACGAAAUAUCAAUGAAACUCCUUACACGUGCAUUGAAUGUAAACAAGGUUUCACCGCUAAGCAUUUGCUCCAUAAUCAUAUGGCGGGACAUACUGGUGAAAAACCCUACACCUGCACUGAAUGUAAUAAAAAUUUCUCUAUUAAAACUGCACUCUAUCAUCAUAUGCUGAAACACAGUAGUGACAACUUACACGUUUGUAAAGAUUGUGGAAAAUAUUUUAUACGACGUCUUAAACUACGCCACCACAGUGGAACUAGUCCAGUUACUUGCGACCAGUGCGAAGAAAAAUUUAAAUCCAACGAACUUCAGCAACAUACCGCAACAGGCUUAUCAAAUCACAACUUUGAAAAUGAAGUCCAAGAGCAUAAGUUCAAAUGCAAAGAAUGCGAGGCGAUGCAUGUAACAGAGAAAGAACUUGAUACUCAUUAUAUGGAAGUUCAUACAGCUAAAUAUAAUAGUGACCUAUUAAAUGGCAUAGAAAAAGAACGAGUAGAUUGUGUGAUUCGUGAAAAAGAAUCAGAUUCAUUUGAUACUCCAAAUUUGCAUAUACUUGAGAUUGAAAAAGGUGGAUCUGAAACCUUCCAGAAUGUUAAGCUUAGUCCAAAAUUAGAACAGAAUCCUUCCAUCUUCUCAGUAACAAAAAUUUAUAGAAUUGAUGAUUUCAACGAAAAUUCAAUGGAAAAUGUUACAACUAAUAAUAAUGUUACGCUACCAGUAAAUUUUGUAGAACAAACGUCAACGGAAGCUGAUAUUAUUUCACAACCUUUUAUGAAGUAUGAAAAUGAAGUAAUUGAAUAUGAGAGUAUCAAAACGGAAUUAAAUGAUAUUGCUUCUGAAACUCUAGUUAGUGCUAAAGAAGAAGUAAAUAAAAAAAGUAUAGAAAGUUUAUUAUUAAAAGAAAAAGAUCACUAUGAUAUACUAAAUGAAAAUGAGACUAUUAAAACGCAGUCGGAAACUAUUGUUUCUCAAACAGUUACUGGUGCAAUAAUAGACAACCGAAACUCAUUUGAAAGUAUCACCGUGUCAGAAGAAUUUAUAAAUGAUGAAGUAAAUGAAAGAACAUCAGACCAAUUGUUAACAGAAAACAUACUAACAGAUUUAAACGUUUACGAAAGCACACACGCUGGAAUACGUCACAGUAGUGAAAAACCUUUCAAAUGCUCUAAAUGUGAACAAUGUUUCAUGCGUAAAAAUGGGCUCUAUGUUCAUAUGAAACGACAUACUGGUGAAAAACCCUUCAAAUGUUCUGAAUGUGGACAAUGUUUUGCUCGUAAGGCAGGAUUGUUUAGUCAUAUGAGACGACAUACUGGUGAAAAACCAUAUGAAUGCACUGAAACAUCUUUCAAGCUUCAUAUGCAGACACAUACUGGAGAAAAACCUUACACAUGCCAUGAAUGUAAUACAAGAUUUACUUCCAAGCAGUCACUCGAUGUUCAUAUGAGACGACAUACUGGUGAAAAGCCCUACACAUGCAGUGAAUGUAAUAAAAGUUUUGCGGCUAAGCAAGUAUUUAAUCACCAUGUAAAGAUACAUACUGGUGAAAAACCACAUGCUUGCCUUGAUUGUGGAAAACGUUUUCUGCGAGCUAUUGAGGUGUUUUACCAUAGUAAAACUCAUCUACGCCCAUUUGCCUGUGAUCAGUGUGAGGAAAAAUUCAAAACCAAUAAACAAUUAAAGCAGCAUACCAAAAUUCAUUCAUCAGAGCCAAAUUGUAACAAUGAAGCCGAAAAUCAAGAAUUCAAAUGUAAGGAAUGCCAUGCGAUAUAUGCGACAGAGGAAAAACUUAAAAUUCAUUAUGGAGUUCAUAUACAAAAUAAAACAAAAACCGAUGCAACCGCUGAGAAAAUAAUAUUAGAAAACGAAAUGUGCACUAGAUUACAAAAUGAAAAUAUAAGGAUAGAUCUAAAAGCCGCUGAUAAUGUUACAUAUAUUGACGAUACUGGUUUUACGCAGCAAUUUAUAAAAACUGAAAUGUCUGAAACAAGCACAGAACAAGUGUUAUUAGAAAACGAAGAAUAUACUGUUAUAACAAUAGAAAAUGAAACUAUAAAAACCGAUCCAGAAACUACUACAGAAACUCUUACUGGCGCAAUCAUAGACAAAAGAAAUUCGUUUGAAGUUGAUAGUGCUAUGCAACAAGCUACAACAGAUGAUGUAUCUAAAAACACCACAAAUGCACAUACGGGAGAGCCUCAAUUUGAUUGUGAUUUCUGUGACAAGAAGUUUCGAUUUCUAAGUAGACUGAAAAUUCAUCGUCGUUCUCACACUGGUGAAAAACCUUACAUAUGCAGUCAAUGUAAUAAACGUUUCUCUAAUAAGGGAUCACUCAAUAUUCAUAUGAAUCAACAUACUGGUGAAAAACUCUAUGCAUGUCCUGAAUGUAAACAAAAUUUUGUUAGCAAGGAAGGACUCGAAAAUCAUAUCAUGCGCCAUAAUGGUGAAAAACCUUACAAAUGUACUGAAUGUAACAAAAGUUUUACGCUUAACAAUGCACUAAAGCAGCAUAUGAGGCAACAUACUGGUGAAAAGCCCUACUCAUGCACUGAAUGUAAUAAAAGAUUUGUGGUUAAGCAAGGACUCAAGCUUCACAUGAAGAUUCAUACUGGUGAAAAACAAUUCACGUGCACUGAAUGUAAACAAAGUUUUGCUCGUAGGGCAACACUAAAUCUUCAUAUGAAACGACAUACUAAUGAAAAGCCACACGUUUGUAACGAUUGCGGAAAGCGUUUUAUUCGAGCCGUUGAUCUUCGUUAUCAUAGUAAAACGCAUGCAAAUACAUUUGGCUGCGAUCAGUGCGAGGAAACAUUCAAAACCAAUAAGAAGCUUGAGCAACACAUCGAAAUGCAUUCAUCUAAAAGCAAAAAUAAAAAGGAAGCCCAGGUAGAAUCUUUUCAUGUGACAGAGGAAGACUUUAACAUAGAUAUGGAAAAAGCAGAACGGGCAAAUUGCAAGGUUUGUGAUAAAGAAUUCGAUUCAGUAAAAAUUCUAAAUGCUCACAUACUUGAACUACAUAAAGAGCACACGGAGCCUUUAAACAAUGCUAAAUGUGAGCUUAAAUUAGAAAUAAAUAGUUCCGAUUGAUUGCGCAUAAAAUUAUACGGAUAUGAUGGUUCUAAACAAAACCCAAUUAAAAACAUUACUACAAGUAGUAAAAGUGUUAUUUUAUCGCCAGAAUGUAUAAAAGAUGAACUUCCUGAAACGCUGUAAUCGUUUAUUAUUGGAAAUGAAUAUGAAAUUUAUACUCAUAUAAAUGUGGAAAAUGAGAGCAUAAAAAAAUUGAGUUCAAAUCUGUAGCUCUUUAAGAAGAUUAAAAAGUUCAGCUUGUGAGUAUGGUACAUGAGAAUUUUGAAUAUAGUAUAAAAACUAGAGCAAAUGUUCAAAUAUUUUUGAAUACUAUGUUAGGCAAAAUUAGUUUAUUCGAUGAAUCUGAUAAAAAUAAAAAUAUUUACAUGUAUAAUCCAAUUUAUAUAAAUUAAUUUUAAAUCUAACAACUUGUAUUAAAUGUACAUAACA